CAAUAAUAUAAACAUGUCUGGCUGCUUCGCCUGGCUCGAACCGAGGCUCGCAAGCGGCUAUGCAGUUCUUCAUCAAACUGUGCAAAAACUCUCAUUAUGCAUUUGCCCGCGGUGCUGCAGAGCUAAAUCUCGAUCAUUGCUACAGAAUAUGCACAUAGCUGCAGCGUGCACGCGCGAGGAAAGAGGAUACCCUGCCUGCAGCCGCUGCAAGAAAGAGAGAGGGGACUCAGCCGUGCUUUCAUCAUUAUAAUCACCAUCCUAAGUGCUCGCUCUUAACAUUUUGUUUUUCGCUGUUCGGGCGAGAAGUGACAAGAGUAUAGACCCCUCCUCUGCAGGGCGGAGCGUGCAUUUUCAUUUCGGUAUUUUGUAUUUUUUUUUUUAAUUUUUUUUUUUUUCCUCCUUCCUACCCCUGUACCCUACUCUGACACGUCUGCACUGAGUGAGUGGCAUUGGCACACUGUCAAUCGCUCACUAGCGCUGCCAUCAAACAACAUAAAACACACACAGGCAGAGGGGCUGGAGCUCAUAAAUUUCAGCAGGGCAAGAUAUUUUUUGCGCAUCGCCUUUUAUACAGCGUUCUGUCCUAAUUAAUUUCGUCUCGCCGUUGCUUUUUUCCUCCCCUUUCUUUUGCAACAACAACAAAAAUCUCAACUUUUUCUACAUUUCAUAUUUUUUUAAUAGUAACCUUUGGACACCUUGUGCUGCAGAUUGUGAUUUAAAAAAUAUAUACAGGGAACAUUACUCCACGUUUACCUGAGAUUUAGCCUGAGAUUUUUUUAUUUUAUUUAUUUUUAUUGUAUUUUUUUUUUUUUUACCGUUAUUUUUUGUUUACACAUUUUCACGUUGGAUAAUUUUCGCAAAGGGGGAUUUGGACAUUUUCAAGAGGACAUGCGCCGGGGAUUCUGGUGAAGAGACCACCAAGGACCGUUUCUUGUCUCCACUACCGGUGUUAAAUCGCAGAGAGAGAGUGAGAGAGAGCGGGGAAAAAAAGACUGAUCGGUGCGAGGAUUUGGAGCGGGGAUAUGAUGGAGCGUCAAUUUUGACGAAGAAGUUUUAAGAAGAAGAAGAAAGAUUUUUCUUUUUCUUUUUUUUUUUUCCUCACGCAAAACACUGCCACGCGUUUUGGGGCACUUUGGACCCGCGCGUAAAAAAAGAAAGCAUCAAGAGGACUACUUCACACUAAAUAUAUAUGUAUAUAUAUAGAUAGAUAGAUACAUACAUACAUAUACCUGCUGUAGUUAUUAUUCAAGAAACACGCGUCUUUAUUUCGCUGAACAAACACUGCGUUUGCAUCCAUCCUAGUCUCUACGGCAUAUGCCCUAGCCGAUUUCGUAUAUGAGUUUUUCAAUUUGUGUGGCUCAGUGCACAGACUCUUUAGCGGCUACUAUGGACGAUCAAGCCCGGAUCAUGCAGUCCAUCGGCGGCGUCAGUCUGGCCGGCCACUCGGUGCAGGGAGGCAUGCCGCUGCCGCCUCCGCACGGACACGACGGGACGGACGGGGACGGGAGGAAGCAAGACAUCGGUGACAUUCUGCAUCAGAUCAUGACCAUAACCGAUCAGAGUCUGGACGAGGCGCAAGCAAAAAACAGGAAACAUGGACUGAACUGUCACAGAAUGAAACCAGCACUCUUCAGCGUUCUCUGUGAAAUCAAAGAAAAGACAGGUCUCAGCAUCCGAGGUGCCCAGGAGGAGGACCCUCCGGACCCCCAGCUCAUGCGCUUAGACAACAUGCUGCUGGCGGAGGGAGUGGCAGGGCCGGAGAAGGGCGGCGGAUCCGCGGCAGCUGCGGCGGCAGCCGCAGCCUCAGGAGGGGCGGCCGACAACUCCAUCGAACAUUCUGACUACAGAGCCAAACUCACGCAGAUCAGACAGAUCUACCACACAGAGCUCGAGAAAUAUGAGCAGGCAUGCAACGAGUUCACCACCCAUGUGAUGAACCUGCUGAGGGAACAGUCUCGCACGCGGCCCAUCUCGCCCAAAGAGAUCGAGCGCAUGGUGGGAAUAAUCCACCGCAAGUUCAGCUCCAUCCAGAUGCAGCUGAAGCAAAGCACCUGCGAGGCUGUCAUGAUCCUGCGCUCCAGAUUCCUUGAUGCCAGGCGAAAAAGGAGAAACUUCAGCAAGCAGGCGACGGAAAUUUUGAACGAAUAUUUCUACUCGCACCUCAGCAACCCGUACCCAAGCGAGGAGGCUAAGGAGGAAUUGGCCAAGAAGUGCAGCAUCACCGUUUCCCAGGGGGUGGGAAGCACCAUCACAGUAUCACAGGUAUCCAACUGGUUUGGCAACAAAAGGAUCCGGUACAAGAAGAACAUCGGCAAGUUUCAGGAAGAGGCCAACCUGUACGCCGCCAAGACGGCCGUGAACGCGGCACACGCUGCAGCCGCUGCGGUGCAGAACAGCCAGGCCAACUCCCCCACCACUCCCAACUCCGGAUUCCAGAUGAAAGAUGAAGAGUUUCAGCUGGAUUCUGCAGAGAGCAAAAACACUCUUUUAAGCAACAUGUUUACUGGUUCCUCGGGUUCUUUUAGCCUCCCAAACACUGGGGACAUGUUCUUGAGCAUGCAGAGUCUGAAUGGGGAUUCUUACCAAGGGGCACAAGUCGGAGCCAAUGUACAGUCACAGGUGGAUACCCUGCGCCAUGUUAUCAGUCAGACGGCAGGAUACAAUGAUGCUCUAGCAGGAAACACCAUGUAUAGCCCUCAUGGCCUAAAUGCUAAUGGAGGAUGGCAAGAUGCAAGGACUCCAUCUUCUGUGAUCUCUCCUACAGAAGGGCCUGGAAGUGUGCACUCGGACACCUCAAACUGAUUAAUGCAUCUUCCCCUGCAGCGCAGCAUGGACUUCUUUAUUUCCUGUAAAACAGACAAGGACUUAAAAAGCAAAAAAAAAAAAAAAAGCAAAAGAGUUUUCCUUAAAAUUUCCGGUGACUGCGGCGCACACGUGCACAUGGCAUCCUCCAUUAUGGACACUAAGUGUUUCCUGAUCGCUCAGACUUUUUCUUUCAUGCAUCGACUGUAAUCGCCAUGCUUUUGUUGUAGUGGUAAA